GACGCGACUCGAUCUGGAACAAUGUCGUUCCACCUGAGAGAUCUUGUACGCUUUAAUUGCACCCUUUGUUUCCCUCGCGACUUCCACCCGUGUCGUGCUUCGGACGCGCCGACAGUUGCGCGAAAGUGCACAAUUGAAACGAGUGGAACUGCGAUUACUUCGAAGGCUCCCGAAGUCUCUUUUCUCUUUCGAAAGACGUUCGAGCAAUCGUACUCGAGGCAGGACUUUUCAAGGUUGCACGUGUUGCUGUUACUCGGCGGACCAAUCGAUUGUUUAUAUUCGCCGUUAAUUUGGUCUGGUAUAAAACAUAUUUCAAUACCAAGCUUCGCGCAACAACUUCGUGUGUAAAAACAGAAGGCUGAUGUCAAACGAAUAAAGGAAUUUUAGAGA